AUGUCCGGCCAGUCUCUGCCUCCACUCGACCUCCUCUUCCCCUUUCCCUCGCCGAGCUCCGACUCGUUCCUCACCCUCUCCACGCCCCCAGACACUGUCCUCGCGUCCCCUAUCAACUGCCAUCUCAGCCUCGACACUCUCGACGCCCUCGACAAGCUUGACCAGCAGGACAAGCUCUUCACUCCUCAGCCUCAGCCUACCAUCAACCCAAACCUCACACACGCCCAUCUGCCCUCCAUCCACAACGACAUCUUCACCACCGAUAAGCCGCGUCCCAAGCCGAUCGAGUCUGUGAAGCAGCAGAGCCCCGAGGUCAAGCCUGAUACGAGCAAGACGACCCCUUCCCCCAGCCCCCCCAAGCGCAAGGCCAAGGAGCUAAAGGACAAAGACUCCAAGGACUCUAAGGAUUCGAAGGACAACAAGAAGGCCGCGAAGAAGGACAUGGACGACUCCCACCAGCAGCCCCCGAUACGGCCCCGCCCCAUCGCCGCGGCUGCCAACAGCAGCACUGCUCCUGCCAUCGCGUCUUCCUCCACCGUCCUCAUCGAACGCCGCAAGCGUGGCCGGAAACGCUACUCCUGUGCCGAAUGCCGUCGUGAGCGCGUGGACAAGGAAGCUCGUGAGCGCGAGGCUCAAGCGGCCGCAGCCGAGAAGGCAGCCGCCGAGGACCCGAAGCCCACCCAGUCCCCCCGUGUGGCAACCUCGCCGCUUCGCAAGCUGGCGCACAGUUUCGAGAAGUGUGUCGUCGACACGACACCGGGCCAGCUGCGCAUGGACGAAGACGGCCAGACGCGGUACGUGGGUUCCCUCGCCGGCUCAGUGUACCUGCGCGAGGACCAGGAUGCCGACCGUCGUCCAUCCCUCAACGGUGCCAGUGACCCGGGAGCAGGCGACGUGCUCCAGGCGAUGGGGACACCGACGCUGCGCCGCGACCCCGUCGCUGAUGCGCGCUCCAAGCUCCCGCCCUGGAAGGAGGGAAGGCGCAUGGUGGAGCAAUACUGGGAGCAUGUCAACUGGAUCCACCAGGUCAUUCCCAAGAUCACAUUCGACAAGUACCUCAUCAUGGCGUACGACCCGAGCGCGCAACCCCAGUCGGCCCAGCUCGCGUGCGUGCUGCUCGUCAUGGCCCUCGGCGUCAUGUUUGACUUGACGCUGCCGCCGUUCCAUCCCCGGUGCCACGAGCUGUUCUUUGCCGCGCAAGACCUGCUCUCCGCUACCCGUUCUGAAAAGCCGAGCGUGACCCGCAUCCAGGCCCUGAGCCUGUUCGGAACCUUUGUGCUGAACGAUCAAAAUGGCGCAGAGGCCUUCUGGCCCAUCAUCGGAAGCACCCUCAAGUCAGCCUUGACUGUCGGUCUCCACCGUGACGGCGAAGCCUUCGGCUUGCCCGAGGACGAGGUGCAAGAGCGCCGCAAGGUUUUCUGGGAGCUGAUGGAGUACGACCGCGUGCAGGCCAUGACGUUCGGCCGUCCCUGCGGCCUCUCCAACCGACACAUGGACACCAAGAUGCCGAUCCCGGACAACCGGCUCUUCUUCGACGACUCUGGGUACCACCACGCAAAGCACUGCGUCGUGCAGAUGCUCGAGCGCGUGAACGAUACCCAGGUCCAGCCCACACCCGUCCCGUACACGACUGUUCUCGAGAUUGACGCGGAACUGCAGGAGUUCCGCAAGUCGCUCCCCGAAUCCCUCAUGUGCAGUAUCGCCAUCACCGACCUGCCCAUGAACGCGCAUCCGCAGACCGUGCUCCAGCGCCUGGGCAUCCGCCUCUUUAUCUCGGAAGCCAGGCUGCACCUCAACCGAGGCGCGUUCGUGCAAGCCCUCAAGGAGAACAGCACGGCACCCAGUCGCGGAACGUUCGGGGAGAGCUUCAUCGCGCUCUACGAGUCCGCACAGGAGAUCGUGCAGGUCGUCAAGGCGCUCGUGCUCUUCUCGCCCGCACUCGCCGAGCGCUGGUGGUUCUUCUGGUUCCACGCCUUCUCCGCCGCCGUCUGUCUCGCCGCGAUCAGCCUCGAAGCACCCGCAUCCGGCUUUGCGACGCCGGCGUACUCCGGCCUCAGCAUCGUGUGCGACCUCUCUGCCGCUGCUAGGGACGGCAGCCGCGUGCGUGACGGGCUCAACACGCUUCUUCAGCUGAGGAAGCGCGCCCAGGAGAGGCUCAAGGAGGGCGUCCGCUCCCCCGGCUCCGAGGACGACGAGGUGCGCAGGUUGCUGCUGGCUGAGCAGAGGGAGGCGCAGCCCCGCCGCCGCGUCUCGCCGCCCGGAGCGAGGGACCAGCAACUCCUCCAGCAGCCGCAGUUUGACAUGUCCGCCCAACAGGGGCAGGGGCAGGAGGAGAUGCAGGGCAUGGAGGAGCCGAUCGUCUCCACGGGACCCAUCAUGCCGCUCUGGCCGGAUGCGGCGAGUGCACUCGAGUAUGGACUCGCGCUCGAUGCGCUGGGACUGAAUGUGUUUGACUGGGACCAGGCGGCCUGA